CCUCCUAAAUCACCAUUCGCUUUCUCUCGUCCUAGCUAGCUACUUCGUGAUCUCAACUCCAACAAAGUACGCCGUGUACCUUGCAACCAGAAAAUUGGAAAUAGUGCGGUCAGCUGAGCCUAUAGCACAUUCCAAACCAGGAAAAAGAAAAGAAAAAAAAAAGCAAUAAAUAAAUAAAUAAAUAUGCACAAGCAUAAAUCAGCAGUAGUUGCUCGAAGAGCCUGGAAUUCCCUCCGGCUGGCCUUGCUAUGGGCUAGAAGAGGUGAACAUUUCAAGAACAGGCGGCUGAUGGUGGAUCUGCGUUUACUUCCCAAGUUCAUCAACAGAACCCUCGGAACCACCUCCUCCAGCAACGACUAUUAUCGUCAUCGACGGGGUGCUCUCCAUUACGGCGAGCGGCAGCUUUCAUUCGACGAUACUCCCGUCAUACACUUCAAGAUGCAUCGUCCUUCUUCCCUGCGAUUCAAGAUGCCCAACAUUCCCUGCAUUACUGGUGCCCCCCAGGUGGAUUUCGACGACUAUGAUUUUGAUCGCCACGAUUGUAGUGGUACCGGUCAUGAUAUGUACUAUCUUUCUGAAGCCCACAAUGAUGUAGCGCUCUCCAGGAAGAGUAUUCUCCUAAAGGCAGCAGGCGAUUACAUUACCAGUGACGAAGAAGAAGAAGGAGAUGAUGAUGAUCGUUCCAAUACUAUGGUUUGUGAUCAUCAAGAAACCAACGAAACUCCUCGUAGCUGUGACGAUGGAAUCGAUUUGAAGGCGGAGCAGUUCAUUGCUAACUUCUACCGACAAAUCAAGCUCCAGAGACAAAUAUCGUAUCUGCAAUAUCAUGACAUGAUUAGUCGGGGUGCGAGCUAGAAAUUGCUCGGUGAAACAGCUGUCGCCUCCAAUCUAUUCCAUACCCGUCGACGCCACCCGCUGCUCAAAUUUUUUUUUUUUUUUUUUUUGACUUCACACAUUUACACCAAAUUCCUUUCUAUAAUAGUUUACUCCGAUGAGCA